CGUUCGUGAUAUAAGGUAGUAUCAAUUUGCAUUGGAAAGAACUUUAAAAAUCAAUUUGAAAUAUUAAUUCUAUGUAUUAAUAUAUAAACGUGAAUAUGGAAAUUUCUUCUCCUAUACCGGAUUUACCGCCUAACAAGAAAUAUCACUUAUUUGUUUGUUAUGAACGGAAUUCUUUGUGUACUGUUGCAGAAAUUGUUCAAAAUUUGGAGAGAGAAGGAGUCGUUUGUUGCUACUUUGAGAGAGAUUUCGUUCCGGGAAGGUCAAUUACUGAUAAUAUGUAUGAUGCAAUAGAGAAAAGCAUGAAUAUGCUUAUUGUUCUAUCGGAGGAAUUAGAAAAUAGUUGUUAUUGUCUCGAUGAAAUUGACAAGGCAUUUAAUUUACGAGUACAAGGACAGUAUAAUCUCAUACCUAUACGGAUCGAGCCCUGUUCUGUACCAGUUUGCCUACAGCAUCUCGUGUAUAUAGAUGUAGAAGAGGCCAUUGAUGAAGCGCAUACUAAAAUAAUUGAUGCCAUGGUGAAGAAAGAUCAACAGAAUGCACUUAAGGAAGAUUCAAACGGGAAGAACAUUGAAUUUGGAUUAAAGGCAAAUAAACCUAACUUUUUGUCUUUGACAAGGUAUAGACUGAAGAUUACAGAAAAAGAAAGAUCCAAACUAUGGAAGCAACAGUUCGAGGUAUCAGCAGAAAUACUUCAGGAAGUCGAGGACACUUUCAAUCGAUCAUACUACAUAAGACUCCAUCAUGUUAUUGAUCACCAGUAUCUACUAAUGACGUUCGUGUUUUUGUUUUUCUUGAUACUCAUCAUGAUCAUCUUCUCAAUACUGGUGUUGAUGCUGAAAGGGGAAAAAACAGAUAAAUUAACAUCGGCAGAAAUGUGUCUUGCGGUUGGUUUACCAACUUGGUUUAUAUCAUAUACUGCAAGUAUGAUAGUCCUUGGUAUUUGUCAUUGCCGUAGCCUUAUGUUGUUUAAACUCAAAUUGAAGGUAAAAUAAUGAUAAUUUCUCAGCUCUUAAAUAAAUGAAAUAAAAUAUAUUUUACGUAUUUUCAACGUACGUGUGACAGAUCAAAAUGACAUUUAAAUGACUCGUCAGUUGCGAUCUGCUGCAUGCAAUGCAUAUAGCAGACAUGAAAGUAUUGAUUGUAGCUUACCGUAAAUUAACCAUUACAAACAAAACCAAGAAUAUUUUAUUGUAUUUUCCUAUUUCACUUCACGGGUAAUUAAUAGAUGUGAUUAAGUACUUCCAAAUAGAAUAUUUGAAAAACCAUUUGUAAGAGUAAAAAUCAAUUAUAUAAUAUUGAACUGUAUGAAUGUCUAUUGGUACACUUACAACAUUUCUUUUUUUGUUGCAGUUAUGGACUAUAUUACGCGGAUCACUCUGGAAAAUAAGUCGACAAUACAAUAAGCAGACAGGAGUGAUUUUUUUCUCAAGGCGAAACUUUUUUGAUGAAGCAAAGAACAUUCAGUUUUACGUUAUGCGCAUCAACUUCAAGCCAUGCCAGCUUUACUUUGAACGACAACUUGCAAAAGAAAAUAAGGCAUAUCUGAAGAAAUAUCUGAAGGAAACACCUGAAGAAAAUGAAAGUCCUGAGGAAUAUACAUUACGGAUGUUUGAUUCAUUCUUGGCAAGCAGUUGCCGUCAACUAAUGGACAUAAGUUCGAGGGGCAGCAGGCAUAACAUGAAUAAUGGUGCAAAAUGUGUAUGUCUUCUUGUUGAUGAUUGGCUGAAAGACUUGUCAAAAGACUCUUAGUGUAAAUUCUUUGUAACAAACAAUAUUUGCUAUUUUACAACAAACAAUAAUUGCUAUUUUACAACAAACAAUGAUUACGUAAUGUAUUAGAACUACCAAAAUGAAAUGACUUGAAACAGAUUGUGUACGCUGCAUUAAGGAAAUUUCGGUCGACUAAUGAUUAGCAAGAUUUUCAAAAAUGUAUAAAUAUGCGCAAGAAUUUUGAAAGACUUCUUAUAUCAAAAACUCCUUUACCAGCAUCACAAACGAAAAGAAUUAAUCAAAUGUAGUAUAUGUCCUAAAACAUGUUGGCAAAUGGUGAAAUCUAGACGAAAGAAAGAUAAGAUAAAGACUUGAAACAUAGAGCCCGAUACAUGGAGAAACUACUUUCAGGAUUUAUUAAGGAGGGAUAAUCUUCCAUAAUUAAAUGACACAAACUUUAUUGAUGCCGAGUUAUCCGAAGAACAGGAGUCUAUUCUAAAUUUUGAAAUAACACAUAUGAAAUAUUAAAAUCAUUAAUCAAGUAAAACACGAGAAAUCUCAAGAAAAAGAUUGUUUAAGGGCAGAAUUUUAUAAAUUAUUUCCCUGAUCACCGCUUUUGCAUGUAUUAUUAAAUAAGAUAUAAGAAUCUGGCGACUUUGCGAGACAGUAUUAUUGUGCCUAUACAUAAAUCCGGUAAUGAAUUAGACCUGUUAAAUUACAGAGGUAUAACCUUGAUAAAUGUAUGUGAAAAUUGUUCUCAAAUAUAAUUUACGACAGUAUGUAUAUUGGCCGAAAUGAUUAACAAAUAGACAAGCUUUAUGCAGGAUUUAGGACUGGAUAUUCCACUUUUGAUUACAAAGUUAAGUUUGUUUGUUUGUUUGUUUGUUUGUUUCAUGUUACGCCUUUUCCCAACAUUAUUUCAGUCAUAUAGGCGGGUAGUUUCCUAACCAUCGUUCCUGGAGAGUGACAUCCAGUACUAGACUACCUUCCUCCGCGCUAAACU